AUGGGAAGUAAGUUGAUUUGUUUGAGUAUAAUAUGUUUUUUGUUUAGUCAAGUUCCUCGAAUUCAUCAAACCCUUCUGCGGGUUCAUCCCUGAGGUGUCGAAGCCUCAGAGGAAGAUCCAGUUCCGUGAAAAGAUGCUAUGGACGGCAAUCACUUUGUUCGUGUUCUUGGUGUGCUGUCAGAUCCCACUUUUCGGUGAGUUUGAAGAUGUUUUUGGGUAUGAAGCUAGGUGAUUUUAGGCUUAAAAGAUGCAGUAGAAUAGUGGCAUUCUUCUGAUAUAUAACUUGAUAAAAAUGAGGUUGAAAAUUGGCAUGUUUUGUUUUGAUUUUAGACAUCAAUAUAUUUGGUAUUGUGGAUAAUAUAGGAAAUUGCAUGUUUUUCACUGUUUUUGGCUGUAAAACAUUACGCUAUUGUAUUUUAAAAAUAGUCUGUAGAUUUCUGAAGCUAAUUAAAUUUUUUACAGCUAAAAACAUUAUAAAAUACGAACUCAUCAUCUACCUUUAAUAUUAAACUCUUCUAAAUAAUCUAUUUUCAGGUAUCAUGUCAACCGACUCUGCCGAUCCAUUGUACUGGCUUCGUGUUAUCUUGGCUUCAAACAGAGGAACAUUAAUGGAAUUGGGUAUUUCUCCAAUUGUCACUUCUGGUAUGAUCAUGCAACUUUUGGCUGGAGCUAAGAUCAUUGAGGUCGGAGAUACUCCAAAGGAGCGUGCUCUUUUCAACGGCGCCCAAAAAUGUAAGUUUUCAGUGUUUUUGGAUAGCUUAGAGUUUUAGGUAAUGAAUAGUGUAAAAUAAGAUGUGAAAUUGUCUUGUUCUGUAUUAGAAAUAGAGGUUUAAAUGAGAUAAGGUCUAAAUUUAUAUUGUUAUCGAUGAAAACUUGUGUUUUUAAUGAACUUGAAGGCUUUUUGGAUAAUGUUUAGUUAUUUUAGAUAGCUUAGAGUCCCGGUAAUGUUAUAGUAUAGUAACUAGUUAGUUUACAUUGCGUUAUUUACAAGAAAAGUUGAUUUAAUGAUGUUACGUCUAAAACAAUAUCGAAAAUAGGCAAGAAUGGUUACUUUUAGUUAAUAUAUUGAUCUUUUUUAGUACUGUUUUGUAUUUUAAAAUAAGUAAUGUUUUCCUUUUCAGUAUUUGGUAUGUUAAUCACUGUCGGCCAAGCCAUCGUCUACGUCGUGUCUGGCAUGUACGGAGACCCACACGAAAUCGGAGCCGGAAUCUGCUUGUUGAUCGUUGUCCAAUUGGUUGUAGCUGGUUUGAUUGUUCUCCUUCUCGACGAACUUUUGCAAAAAGGAUACGGUUUGGGCUCGGGUAUCUCCCUCUUCAUCGCCACCAACAUUUGUGAAACCAUCGUGUGGAAGGCCUUCUCUCCGACCACUGUGAACACUGGACGUGGAACCGAGUUUGAAGGUGCCAUUAUUGCCUUGUUCCACUUGUUGGCUACUCGUGGGGACAAAGUCCGCGCUCUCCGUGAAGCCUUCUACAGACAAAACUUGCCCAACUUGAUGAACUUGAUGGCCACCAUCUUUGUCUUUGCUGUCGUCAUCUACUUCCAGGUAUGCGGAGGGAAAAGUUGGGUUUUGAGGGUGUUUUAGGUAUUUUUUUGAGUGAUUUUUAUCGAAAAUGAUUCAAAGAAUAAUAUUGAAGUCUUUUAAAAUGUUUGUUUUAAAAUUUCAAUGCAGUAUAAGAAUUAAUUUUAAUCAAUAUACCUUCAGGGCUUCCGUGUUGAUCUCCCAAUCAAAUCCGCCCGCUACCGUGGCCAACAAUCCAGCUACCCAAUCAAGUUGUUCUACACCUCCAACAUCCCUAUCAUCCUCCAAUCUGCCUUGGUAUCCAACUUGUACGUCAUCUCGCAGAUGUUGGCCUCUCGUUUCGGUGGUAACAUCUUGGUCAACUUGCUCGGUACCUGGUCCGACGCCGCCGGAGGUUACAGGUCCUACCCAACUGGAGGUCUGUGCUACUACCUAUCGCCUCCAGAAUCCAUUGGAGCUCUCUUGACCGACCCUCUUCACGGUAUCAGCUACAUUGUCUUCAUGUUGGGAUCGUGCGCCUUCUUCUCCAAGAUCUGGAUCGACUUCUCCGGAUCAUCGGCCAAAGAUGUCGCCAAACAAUUGAAGGAACAACAGAUGAUGAUGUCUGGUCAUCGUGACACUUCAAUGAUCAAGGAACUCAACCGUUACAUCCCAACUGCUGCCGCUUUUGGUGGUCUCUGUAUUGGUGCCUUGUCAGUUACAGCUGACUUCAUGGGUAAGAUUUUGAUAUUUUUUGGUUGGUUUUUAGGAAAUAAAUGAUAAGACUAGAUAGACAAGAUGUUAAGGAUUAUUUUACAAUCUUUAUUAUAUUUAAAAUGGCAUAAAAGUGCGUGUUUUGGUGAAAAGUUGAUUUUGCGGCAGCUGAUGUCAAGUGUAAUAUAAGUUUUUUGAUGCAACGUGGCGGAAAUUAGCUUUAUGUUUCUAAAACUAUUUUUUGCUACUGUAAAAUAUUAUGAAAAAGCUACUAAAUAUUACUAAUAGUCUUUAAAAUUUUGGUACCUAUUAGAUUUUGCCUUUUAAAAUCGGAAAACCUAAAUAAUCUAGAUCGAAACCCAGCCUUGACCUAAUUUUUUCCUUUUCAGGCGCAAUUGGAAGCGGCACUGGUAUCUUGUUGGCUGUCACAAUCAUCUACCAGUACUUUGAAAUCUUUGUGAAAGAACAGCAAGAUCUCGGAGGAGUGAGCGGCUUGUUCUUCUAG